CAUACAUUUUUUAUAGUAGCAUUGCGAAUCGAGAAAAUCUGGCAGACCUACACAAAAUUCUCGUUAAACUCCGAAAGAAGCCAGGAAAGUUCUGUUAACAAAUCCCGGAAAAUCACAGCAAAAUGGGUCUUAAAAUGGCAGAAAAUGACAGUUCUGAGAUUGAAGCACAUCAAAUGCAUCAAUCGAUCAUGGAAGAAAUUAUCACUGUUCGAUAUUUACAACAAGCAAUCGAAGAAGUGAGUGCCCUUGAGACUGAUUACCCGAAACUCAAAAAGCCCGAAAUUUCUCACGAAACUUUCGAAAUCUUGGCAGAAACCAAGGCAAAGCUUGUGCAGCUCAUUUCGGAAGCAAAUGCGAAAAAGAAGCGCGACGAGAAAGCUACAAAGCUCAAAGAAGACCUGGCUAAGGCAAUUGCGGAAUUGCAGUACAAUCUGAAAUUGGCUCAAAACCCGAAGGAACAUUUGGCCCAGGUCAAAGCGGAAAUUGCAAAAAUUGAAGCUCGAAAAGAAGAGCUUAAGCAGCAAGCGAAAGAUAUCGAAAAUUUUGGAAUUGCAAUUAUGGGAGAUCGUUAUAAGAAAAUGUAAAGAGUUUAAAGUCGUUGGUCGAUAAAUUAAUAGAGAAAAUGUACAUUUGAGAGUCAAAUAAGAGAAAUUUAAGAAUUAUUAAUUUGAGAGAAAAUAUUGAAAUAAAUAU